CAUCAAACGGCGCUGUUGAUAAACCGAACUGUUCUUACCUGUAGCCUGUUGAUAGUGUCUUGGAUAUUUCUAGAGGCAAACACCCACUACAGUCUCUGUUGUUUUUUCCUUAUUUGUAAGACCGCAGUUCUAUUUCCUUUCUUUAUUUCUGUGAUAUGCUUCUGCAGCGUUCUCUGCUUCAGUUGCUUGUAGUUUCUUGGUAAGACCUAUCUUAAUAUCUUUCCAACUUUUAGUUUUUCUUCUCUUGCUUUUGUUUUACUUCCAUCUGCCUCUGCUUAGCUUAGCUCUGUUUCUUUGAUUGUGUCUGUACUUUGAACUUGAUUUAGAGUUUGGAUUUGUAAUUGUUUACUCUUUGAUUUUUGUUCAUGGAUCAAAAUUCCCCUGAAUUCCCUGAUAUUAUUAAUGAUUUUCAAUUCAAUGAUGCUUCCCCUGUAUCUAAUUCAAUCCAAUAUCAAAAUACUGAAAAAGCAUCCAAGUUCACCAUUCCUUCACCAGAUCUCCAGUUUUUGGAUAUCCCUUUUGGUCCCCUUGAUCCUGAUCCGCCAUUGUCAACCUCCAGCCUUGAAAUAGCGUCUCUUGUUGAUUCUAGUAGUUUGAGUCCUGAUGGGAACUCCUUUGUUCCCUCAACCGGCUGGAGUCCUGAGGGGCAGGCUUCCUCUCCCUCGGAUGAUAGUGAGUCUUCAGACCCGGUUCUCAAAUAUAUAAGCCAGAUGCUUAUGGAAGAAAACAUGGAAGAUAAGCCAUCUAUGUUUUAUAACACUUUUGAUCUACAAGCUACUGAGCAAUCAUUGUAUGAUGUACUUGGUCAACAGCAGCCACACUAUCCUUCAUCCUCUAAUCAACCUCAACCUCUACUCCAAUUGUCUGUUAACCUCGAUAUCGAUAGUUUAGCAAGCAACAGUAAUUUUUCUAAUAGUAGCAAUGAUGUUAACAGUAAUACUGGUGCCUUUACUAGCAGUAGUAGUGGUGCUAAUGUUUCUGUUGAUACUCUUUUGGUUGGUGAUAUUGGAGAGUAUAAUCCUCCUCUGUCAAAAGCCGCACCUUCUGGUGGUUACCAUUUCCAGUCUUAUUCGGGGCAGCCCAGUUUGCAGUUUUCAAGUUCGCAGUUUUCAGUCAAUCCACCACACAGCAUGACUAAUUUUGGCCAUGGGUUGAGGACUUCUGUGAAUGAGCUACUUGCUCAUAAUAUGUUUAGUGACAAAGAGUCUAUACUGCAGUUUCAAAGGGGGAUGGAGGAAGCUAGUAAAUUCCUUCCAACUGGUAAUCAGCUUAUCAUUGAUUUAGAAAGCUACGGUUUCUCUAAGGAGCAAAAGCAAGAGACUGCCGAGGUGUUAGUCAAUGAGGACAAAGAUGAGAGGGAAAACUUGCCUGCAGGAUCAAGGGGGAGAAAAAAUCAUGAGCGUGAGGAUGUGGGCUUAGAAGAAGAGAGGAGAAAUAAACUCUCGUCUGUUUAUGUGGAAGAGGCUGAAUUAGCAGAGAUGUUCGACAAGGUGUUACUGUGUGAGCCUACAGAGUGCACCAAUGAGGGUCUGGUUCAAGCUUUGCAUACUGGAUCAAGCAACAGCUUGCAGCAAAAUGGACAAUCCAAUGGAUCUAAUGGCUCGAAAUCUCGUUCUAGGAAGGAAAAGAAGAAGGAUACAGCAGAUUUGAGGACUCUAUCGAUUCUCUGCGCUCAAGCUGUUGCCACAAGUGAUUUCAGAACUGCUAAUGAGCUACUGAAGCAGAUUAGGCAGCACUCUUCACCAGCAGGCGAUGGGUCUCAGAGGCUAGCCCAUUACUUUGCAAACGGCCUUGAAGCACGUUUGGCAGGCAGUGGAAUGGGAAAUAAAAAUUUCUAUAAUUCCUUCGCUCCAAGGAAAACAGCUGCCGCUGUAUUAAAAGCUUAUAAAGUUUAUCUUAAUGCCUGCCCAUUUAAGAAGUUUGCCAUUUACUUUGCAAACCAAAUGAUUAUGAAUGUAGCCAAGAAAGCAACAACUCUUCACAUUGUAGAUUUUGGUAUUGUGUAUGGUUUUCAAUGGCCAAUACUCAUUCAAAAUCUUCCGCAGAUAUUCAAUGGCCAGCCUUUUAAGCUCCGCAUAACUGGGAUAGAGCUUCCCCAACCUGGUUUCAAACCAGCAGAAAGAAUUGAGGAGACAGGUCGUCGCUUGGCAAAGUAUUGUGAGCGCUUUAAAGUUCCAUUUGAGUACAAUGGCAUUGCGUCACAGAACUGGGAAACUAUCAAAUUUGAGGAUCUCAAGAUUAAUGCCAACGAGGUGGUUGCUGUGAAUUGUCUGUACCGGUUUGAGUACCUGCUUGAUGAAACUGUUGAAGAAAACUGUCCAAGAGAUGCUGUGUUGAACUUAAUCAGGAAGAUAAAUCCAGCCAUUUUUGUGAAUUCUCUCACUAAUGGGUCAUAUAAUGCUCCCUUCUUCGCCACACGAUUUCGGGAAGCAAUCUUGCAUUUCUCCUCGUUGUUUGAUAUGUUUGAUUCAACUAUGGCCCGUGAAAGUCAAGAGAGAUUGUUAUUAGAGGAAGAGUUUUAUUCAAGAGAUGCAAUAAAUGUCAUAGCUUGUGAAGGUUUGGAGAGGAUUGAUAGGCCUGAGUCAUACAAGCAGUGGCAUACAAGAACCAUGAGGGCUGGUUUUAAGCCAUCGCCAGUGGACCAGCAGCUGAUGGAGAAACUUAGUAUUAAGUUGAAGCGCUUGUACCACAAAGACUUUGUAAUUGAUGAAGAUGGCAACUGGAUGCUGCAGGGAUGGAAAGGAAGGAUUAUCUAUGCUUCCUCCAGCUGGGUACCUGCAUAGAAGUACUGAUCAGCACAAACUUUAGAAGGAAACAUUGAGAGCUAUGGGAUUCUUCCAGGAGCAGAAAGGCAAAGUUAACUUUGAAAAUAAAUGAAGGCAUUGUUCCUAACAAGUUUCAGUUUGCUUUCCCUCACUUUAAGUGCAGAUACCCAUUAGUAAUUCUAGCGUUGCUAUUGUGGUAAAUUUUGUAUGGAAAACAAGAAAGAAGCUAACUUUAUCCAUUUCAUGUUUUCAGAAAACUUAAAAGCUUCCUUCUUGCAGAAGUACUCGUAUGUUAAUGUUAUGUAUAAGAGUUGGGAGGUUUUCCAAUUCUUAAGUUGAGCAGGCUGUUGCCUUCCUUGUCAAAACUCAAUAUUAUGUGUAAUGAAUAUAUGCCCUUCUUCUUGAUUUCCUGCCA